AUAAGUUGAAGCGGAAGACACUUAGACGAAGUCAUCGACAGCCGCUCGUGUUGUGCUGACAGUAGCGAUGGGUGGAUAACAGCAUUUUUAUUUCUAACACACUUACCACUAAUAAGGACUUAGUGGUCUUUUAUUUUUGUAGCGAAACCCCCCUCUUUAAAGUGUCUUUCAUGUUAUUUUCUUCACAUUGGUUGCUUGAAGACUUCCAGCUGGCGAAUCGCAUCAAUUGGCCCGGAGGGUCCUCGUCGCCCUCUACUCCUUUCACGUCUGCUCUUUAGAAAAAUGACCGGAGAGAAGAUCCGAUCGCUGCGAAAGGAUCACAGACCCAGUCAGGACGAUGACUUGUUGGAACCUGACGAAGAAGCAGCCACCGGAACGUUCACCGCCUGCAAGACAAACAGCCAAAGCAGGGCGAGUCGGAUCUUCAGUAACCACAAGUUGGUCAAGUCAGCGUCCACGCAGCAGCAACAGCAAAAACGGAACCAGCACCUCAACGCCAACAGCACGCUGUUUUCAGCCGAUGUUGUUGACGACAACAACAAAAAUCCCAUCAUCCGAAGUGGACAAGACUUUCCGGUCCACGAAUGUGUGUUCAAAGGCGACGUGCGACGCCUUUCGUCGCUUAUACGGACUCAAAACAUAUCCCAGAAGGACAUCCAUGGAAACACACCUUUGCAUCUGGCUGUCAUGUUGGGGCACAAAGAAUGCGCCCAUUUGUUGCUGGCCCACAAUGCACCAGUGAAGGUGAAGAAUGCUCAAGGAUGGAGCCCCCUUGCAGAGGCUAUUAGUUACGGAGACAGACAGAUGAUAACGGCGCUGCUGAGGAAGUUGAAGCAACAAUCCAGGGAGAGUGUCGAGGAAAAGAGGCCAAAGUUGUUGAAUGCACUGAAAGAGCUUGGAGACUUUUACUUGGAGCUUCAUUGGGACUUCCAAAGUUGGGUGCCUCUGCUCUCCAGAAUUCUUCCUUCGGAUGCAUGUAAGAUCUACAAACAGGGACUCAACAUCAGACUUGACACAACCUUGAUCGACUUUACCGAUAUGAAGUGUCAACGCGGUGACCUGAGUUUCAUCUUCAACGGCAACGCCAUUCCUUCGGAGUCCUUUGUGGUGCUGGACAACGAGCAGAAGGUCUACCAGCGGAUACACCAUGAGGAGUCUGAGACAGAGACGGAGGAGGAAGUGGACAUUCUGAUGAGCAGCGACGUGUACUCGGCCACGCUCUCCACCAAGUCCAUCACCUUCUCUAGAUCACAAACCGGAUGGCUCUUCAGAGAAGACAAGACGGAACGUGUUGGAAACUUUCUGGCCGACUUCUACUCUGUGAACGGCCUGGUGCUUGAGUCCAGGAAGAGGCGGGAGCAUCUGAGCGAGGAGGACAUCUUGAGGAACAAAGCCAUCAUGGAGAGUCUGAGCAAAGGAGGGAACCUCAUUGAUCAAAACUUUGAGCCUGCGAGGAGGCAAUCUCUAACCCCACCUUCACCCUGCACCAUAUCCUGGGAAGAAUACAUCACUGCUGACAAUGGAAAAGCUCCUCAUCUGGGCAGAGAGCUGCUGUGCAAAGAGAGCAAGAAAAACUUCAAGGCCACCAUUGCCAUGAGUCAAGACUUCCCCCUGAGCAUCGACUCGUUAUUGAAUGUUCUAGAGGUGAUUGCACCCUUUAAGCACUUUAAUAAACUCAGGGAGUUUGUUCAGAUGAAGCUCCCUCCAGGUUUUCCUGUCAAGCUCGACAUCCCAGUCUUUCCUACCAUCACAGCCACCGUGACUUUUCAGGAGUUUCGCUAUGACAGCUUUGAUGAAAGCAUUUUUACCAUCCCCGGCGAGUUCAAAGAAGACCCCAGCCGCUUCCCUGACCUUUAACCCACCCUUCAACAGGUUGGUGGCGAGGUGGAUGUUUAUGAUGCAACAUUUCACUACACAAACAUUAACUUCCUCCCUGACACCCUUACGUAGGGUUGCCAACCGUCCCUUGAAAAAUGCAAUCGACAAACAUCCGGUAUACAUGGAAUAUUUUUGGGUUGUAAACAAGUACAAUUUGACAAGUUCAGAUGGCUGACCUCCCCAAUGUUAAAGCAGCAGUAGCUUUGUCCUCAGAUGUGUGAAACAAAGGUUCUGCUGAACUCAUUAAAGGCGAGCUCGUUGUGAGCCUCAAUUAUGGCAUGUCUAGCUCCGAGUUUUACUCUGCAGUAGCCAAAGACAAACCGCUCCUCAUAGUAGUCAAGAUCUCAGGAAAUCUAAAUGGAAAAAAAAUAAGCUGCCUCCACACAAUGUGGCAUUGCGCUGUUCAUAAGUUACACGAUAAAUGUUUUGCUUAUUAUUUAUUUUUAUAUACACUUUUAUACAGUUUUAAGUUAAACAGGAAAGGUUUCUGUUUGAGAGAUAAGUUCAUUUUAAAAUCCAGUCAAUUUCUGAAUAACUUGCAUGCGUUCAUAGCAUUUAAAAAACAUGCAUCUUAUUCACUAUUAAUUUGUUAAAAAAUUGUUUCACCCACAAAAAAUUAGCACAAAAAAAAUCACUUCAGUAAAGGCAAUUAGGUCGGCCGUCCCUGCUGAUGAGGUGUCUCUUGAUUUUUCAGGGAGUGGGCAACCCUACCCUUUCAGUCUCUAACUUCUCCCUAACCUCAACUCAAUGAACAUCUCCACGGCUAGCUGAACAAAAAAAAAAACAAAAAAAGCAGUACAGUAUUUAAAGCCAUUUUUCCACCAAGUGGGACAGGAGGGAUUGAAUGAUAAUUUGACAUCAUUGCAACGUGACACUACUUAUUCAUUUUUUUACAUCUGUACUGUAUUUAACGGUAAUUUCUUCCUGGCACGUGGAAAGCAAGCUUUUUUUUUUUUUUUUUUUUUGUCGGGUGGGCACAAUUUGUUUUCUUAUUCAACCA